AUGUUACACAUUGAUGGUGGAUGUGUAAAUCUGUCAUUUGAUUGGAAGGAGUUGUUUGUGGCAAUAAUCGUCACCUCUAGACGUAUUAGUGUUGAUGAAUCAGAGUUAAUUCUUCAAUCUAUCACAUCCAUGGACAUACCGUGUGAUAUCCACAACAUUGUAGCUAUAGACAAAACGCUAAGUGUAUGCUCCUAA